CCGGUUCUUUCUCCCGAUCAUCCUUGCUCAUCCCGUCCUGUCCAUUCCAUUGGGUCCAUUACUCAUUAUCAUCUUUUAUAUCAUAUCUAUCUUCUCUCUCUCCCAAUUGACUAUCUCCUCCCUAUCUCUAUACCUAUCUAUCUCUUCCUAUCUUUUUUUUAUUUUAUUCUAUUUUAUUUUAUUUUAUUUUUUUCUCUCUGAUAAGCUGGAUCGACAUUCUCCCCAGACUCCUCUCCCCAUCUGAGAGAGUAGAGACCCUUGCACUACUGGCCACUCCCUCGGAAUGGCCGCCGUUAUCACCCUCCAAUCGUCCCCGACGACCGGGCCCGCCACUCCUUUUCAAUCCUCCCCCGAUAACCAACGUCUGCGCUCCUGUCUUCCUCAUCAACCCUCCGGUGUCUCCCCCAGUGGCCCCCCUAGUGCCCCCCCCAGUGCCGCCCCCGGUGUCGCCCCCGGUCUCCCCCCCGCCCCGCAGUCGCCCUCCUCCCUACCCCGUCUCGCCCUACCCUCCAAUCGGGAUGGCCCCAGCUGUGACGCUUGUCUCCGCCGCAAAAGCCGCUGUGCCAUGAACGAGAUGGUCAACAAAUGCUACUCCUGCGAUUUUCACCGUCAGGACUGCACCUUCAUGCUCACCCUCCCGCGUCCCGCCACCGCCGACUUGGCCUCCAAGAAGCGGAAACUCGAUCCGUCCGUUUCGGAGGGUGCUCCCAAGAGGCAAUCCACCGCCCCCUCCCCCAAAGCAACCCUCCGCGGCCCUCCCCGAAUCUCCCCCGGCUUCUGGGAUCAGUCCACCCAGCACAUCGGCCUCACCACCGCUCUGGAACCCGCCCUGUUGGAGUUCGUCCCGCUGGAUCACAACCAGGAAGGCGCCGUGGCCGCCUCCCGCGUCCGUCGGUGCGGUGACGACGGCAUCUUCAUGCGUGUCGUCGACCCCCCGUCCACCGCGGACGGUUCCCUGCUGGCCUCCCUCGAUGCCGUCGAGAGUCUGGUCGCCCCCCAUGGCGCCACCCUCGUCGACAAGUUCUUCGAGAACAUCCACCCGACCUUCCCCAUCCUCCUCGAGGACGCCUUCCGCCAGUCGUACCGCGCCCGUCGCGGCCUGUCUCCCUUGCUGUUAGCCGCCGUUUACGUCCUGGCUCUGAAGUUUGUCAACGUGGGGCCGACCUCUUCACAAUCCGUACGCCGCCCCGACGCCGGCCGCCUCGAAAGCACCGCCCUUUCCCUACUGGUCGAGUCGCUCCCCCGGCCCUCCAUCUCGACCAUCCAGGCCGGCCUGCUGCUGAUGGAGAAGUCCACCAUCGCCACCGCCGCCCUGAAUUCCCAGCUGGUCACCGCCGGCUUCGAAUUGGCCCUCCACCAGGACUGCUCCGCCUGGCGCAUGGACACCUGGGAGAAGGGCCUGCGCAAGCGACUGGCCUGGGCCCUCUACAUGCAGGACAAGUGGUCCGCCCUCGUCCACGGCCGCCCCUCCCACAUCGUCGCCGCCAACUGGACCGUCAAGGACCUCGUCGAGCAGGACUUCGCCGAUGCCAUUCCUGCCGAGGUGCCCCAGCCCGAAGAUGCCCCCGUCGCCCACGGGCCCCUGUUCUUUAGCCACCGUGUGGCCCUCACCACCAUCCUGUCCGACAUUCUUGACCGCUUCUACACCCUGCAGGCCAUCGACGAGUUCCAGGCCGCCGGCCCCCACCGCACCCGCAUGAUCCUGGAGCGCGCCAAACCCGCCCAGAUCCGGCUGAAGGACUGGUUUGGCCGCCUGCCCCCGCCGCUCAAGAUGGACUCCGGCAGCGGCGAGCUCUUCGAGACCGUCACCGAGGAGUCCGCGCGCAACGGAGCCCUCCACCUCGCCUACUUUGCCGCCGAGAUCACCCUGCAUCGCUGCAUCGUGCGCUCCCUCGCCCCCGAGACCACCGACGCGUACCUGUCCCACAUCUGCCGCUCCGCGGCCAAGACGCGGCUCAUCUCGGCCAUGGACUUUGUCAACCGGCUCCGUCCCGCGCACCUGCGGUCCUUCUGGCCCGCCGCGUCGUGGACCAACUUCGCCCUGAUCGGGUCCUUUGGCGUGCUCCUGCGCAUCACCGCCCCGACCCAGGAGGAGGCCGAGUUCUACCGGCUGCGGCUGUGCGAGUACCGGUGGACCCUCAGCGUCAGCCAGAAGAACGCCGAGUUCGUCGAGUUCGCCCUGGAGAGCCUCGACAACGCGGCCACCCUCGAUCCCCACGUGCCGGACAAGCCGGGCAUCGACGAGCUGAUGACCAGCGCGGCCAAGCCGACCACGACCAUCCAGCCGCGGGUGACGACGGGGCCGGAGGACUCGAUCUUGGAACUUGACCCGACCCAGGAGAUGCAUUCCUCCAUUUCGGGGCUGGCGUCCCCGGCGACGUCCAUCAGCGAUGAGAGUGUACAGGAGGUAGCGCCUCUCUAAGUUUUCCCUCCUCUCUCUGUCCCUUUCUCUUUCUUCUAUUCUCUCUCCCUUUUUUACUCUCUCCAUUUCUCUCUCUCACCCUCUCUUUCUCUUUUACUCCUCUCCCCCCCUCUCUUUUUUUCCUAUUUCUCCCUUCUGUUUAAUGACUGGCGUGAUGAUGGCUGUUUCUUUGUUGAGCUCUGGCGUACCGUGCAAGGAAUUGAUUUGGGAUACCGUGUCGGGGUUCCAUCCACCGACUGGCUUGAUUGCAUGACCACCGCGUCCCUGGUGGAUACAUUGUUCUGCAUGGAUGGGUCUGUAUAUAUGAUUAUGAUGGAUAUAGACGGACGGAUAGAAUAUGAUUCAUGAUGACUACAC